CGUCGACCGUCUUCACGAGUACUUUAUUCGACUACCUUAAUCAAUCGUCCUGAUAUAUUUAUGGGCUCACCCACAACACUGGCUCCUUUAUCUUUCAGUUCUGACGAAGGCCGUGUGCUGUGUCUCGGAGUAUGUACCUACUUGACAAGUCCUCGCUACCCUAUCGGCCGCAUGACUACCAGCUCGAAGGAGUUUGCAACAACCCUGGAUGGUGUUGAUCUUAUGGUUAUAAUGCCUGUCGGAUCCCAAUCAGGACCCGCAAAAGCAGGCGAGGGAGAGGCUAUAAUGCUUGUCAUUUGCCCGACGAAAGCGUAUUGGCUGGACGGUUGCGCCACACCAUUUGAAUUCCAGCAUUCGAUUAUCUGCAACUACCAGCAGCAACGCCACUGCCAACGGCUGGUGCUUGCGAAUGAUGCCUUCAAUGUGCGGUAGAGUUGCCACACCAAUAUCAAACCAUUGAAGUUUCUUCUGGUGCUUUGGACUUGUUUGAGCAGAAUAUAGCCUAUUUUUGGCUUAACCGCCUUCUCAGCCUCUCGUACAGGCUGCUUUUGGAUGAUCUGCACAGCAAAUGAAGAAAGAGCCGCACGAGCAGCUUUGAUUCCAAUCUAUGAUCAGGACAUAGUGGAAUCGAUGUCCAACGACAAGUUAGGGAAUUGUAGAUUGAGGGUGGGAGCUCUCGCCGCAUCAGGCGGGAGGCUUUCCCUGCGAAGCUUUCCCCGUAUGUGCAGAGAUACAUGAUCUUGACACAAUGCACAUAGAAGUCUAAGCGGGUCCAGUCCGAAGCACAAAAUGGCCGGCGAACAAUCUGUAUGAAAUGAACAUGCGAG